AUGGAGAUUAACAAGUUAAGAGAAAACCUGGCCUCCCAAAUCCCAUUACUAGUGCCAGAGAACAACAGCUACAUGAUGAAACCCUACAACAUGAAAGAUGAGUUCAUCCCAUUUGAAGCUUCUUCUUCCUCAAAGGGUUACCUUCAAGAUUUUCACCAUCUUGAUAAUCAGUUUCAUCAAUAUGCUAAUGGGUCCUCAUCAAAUCCCAUGUUUGGGGUCCAAAACCCAUGUUUUGAACCUUAUUACAAUGACAACAAUGCCUACACUUGUGACCAAGGCUCACCCACAGAUGUAAAUUUCUAUGAGUGCAAGCCUCUAAACAUUGCAGACAAUUUGGGACAUGGUCAAGUCUUGGACAAUUUCCAAAGCUUGAAUUUCCCACAUCCCAGAUCAAAUUCCAUUGGUCACAUGAUGGGGAUUUCUCAUAGGAGUGGUACUAAUUUCCUGCCCUUGACAAAUUCCCAGGACAUUAAGCCUAUGAGCUUUGUGGCACCAGAUGAAGUCUCUUGCAUCAACUCAGAAAAUGGUUACUACAAAAGAGUUGGGAUCAAUCAUAAGGGUACUAGUAGAUUGUCUACAAUAGCAAGGGCAGGGUCAACUUUUAAGGGUCGGAAGAAGAACAAUGUGGUCAAGGGUCAAUGGACAAUUGACGAAGAUAGGGUGUUGAUUCAGCUGGUUGCACAGUAUGGAGUGAGAAAGUGGUCACAUAUUGCUCAGAUGUUGCCGGGAAGGAUUGGCAAGCAGUGUAGAGAGAGAUGGCAUAACCACCUCAGGCCUGAUAUCAAGAAGGACACGUGGAGUGAGGAGGAAGACAAGAUACUGAUUCAAGCUCAUGCAGAGAUAGGAAACAAGUGGGCAGAGAUUGCAAAGAGACUUCCCGGAAGGACUGAAAACUCCAUCAAAAACCACUGGAAUGCAACCAAAAGGAGACAAUAUUCGAAGCGAAAAUGCCGCUCCAAGUACCCCAGAGGCUCUCUUCUUCAGGAUUACAUCAAGAGUUUGAACUUGGACGCGUCGCCAAACACCGGCCGCCAGAGAAAAAAUAACAACAACAACAACAACAGCAGUAAUAGUUCACCGGCCGAUCACAACAAUGCCAGUACUGCCAGCACCAAAGUUCAGUCACAAAUCAAUGUGGGGUUCAAUAGUGAGAGUGAUAGCAGGUUGGUUCCGAACUAUGAGUUCAGUGAGGAGGACCCGGAUUUUUGUUUCGAUGAGAACAUGUUUCAAGAGGGCUGCAGCAUUGAUUCUCUGCUUGAUGACAUUCCUUGUGCUACGGAUUUCGGCAAGAAUGGUAAUGAUUUUGAUGGGAAAAUGAUGGUGAUGGAGAGUACUGAAGUGAAGAAGGAGCUGGACUUGGUGGAGAUGAUGUCUCAAGUGUCAAGUCAAUGA